AUGAUCUACAGAAGCGUAUUGUUCUCGUGUUUCCCGCUAAUUUGUUUGAUUAGCUUCAACACGGGACUGAUUUAUGCCGAUUAUUGGUGCGUAAAUCCUAACACCACUGCUGGCAGAAGGUAUACAGACAACUUGAAUUUCCUCCUUUCCACUCUAUCCUCAAAUGCUUCUUUGGCAAGCAGGAAUGGCUUCUACAAUUUCACUGCUGGCCAUGACCCCUCUAACAUGGUCUACGGCCUAUUUAAUUGUCGAGGUGAUGUGAAUCCCGAUGGUUGUGGACGAUGUGUAGCAAACGCCCGUGAGGAUAUUCUAAAGACAUGCUGGAAUCAAACGACGGUUUUUAUGUUAUACGACGAGUGCUUGUUGCGUUAUUCAAAUGAGUCCAUGUUCCCCUGGACCGAUCAGGGGAUCAUCUUCUAUAGGGUGAAUACACAGAAUGCCACUGAUCCAGACAAGUUCAACCAGGUCUUAAGUCAUAUGAUGAAUGACAUAGCAAGUCAGACUGCAAAUGCUCGGUCAGGGAAGAAAUUUGCUAUCAAAGAAGAGGAUUAUUCCCCAUUUCAGAGGAGAUUAUACGCCCUUGGACAGUGUACUCCAGAUCUUUCCAGUCUUGACUGCGAGAAUUGCCUUAGAAGCGCCAUUUCUCAAAUACCCACAUACUGUAAUAACCGUCAGGGCUGUAGAGUUGCGCUUUUUAGCUGCAAUAUUAGGUAUGAACUCUACAAGUUUUACAAUUCUAUAAGCCCAGCACCCGAGCCUGCAUUGAGUCAUCCUCCUACUCCUCCUCCUCCACUUCCUCCUUCCAAUUCUACUAGUAGUGAAGCUAUUGAGCCACACCUGGUAGUCAACAGCUAUAUUCAUCAAGUUCUCACGUGGAUUGUAUAG